AUCACUCUCCGUCUGUCAUCUCUGCCUUUGGGUCUAUGCCAACAGUAAUCACCAGUCUACUGUGUUAAAUUUUAUAAGUCUGUGCUCCUCUUUCUCUUCCUUCUCAGAACUGGUUUCACAUCUGUUCAGAACAACUCAUGUGUCAUCUGCUCUGCUCCUCUCUGGUUUUGUUCCUGUUGGUUCUCCAGUUUUCACCGGGUUAAGAUUUUCUUUUUGCCUGCCUACCAGCUUAUCCACCAACUGACUAGAUUUAAAGAUGAUGAAAAUCCGCACCAAAACAUUGUUGCUGGGGGUUUCUCUUGCUCUGUUGGUCCUCUUUCUCAGUAAUUAUUUUACUGAGCAAAGAGACAUUUGGAUCCCCAAAACUGUGAGAGAGGGGAGCAGUGAAAUAAACACAUCCACCACGAGGACCUCCUACGUAUACUCCUUCCCAAAAUGCCAACUUAACGCAUCUGCUGGAAAUGUCGAAGGCUUCAGCUCUCUUCCAGGGAAUAUACAAGACUUUCUCUACCAUAAACACUGUCGACAUUUUCCCAUGCUGCUGGACAUCCCUGACAAAUGCGGUGGAGCUGAUGAAUCUGCAGAGGUCUUUCUCCUCCUGGUCAUUAAAAGCAUCGCUGCUAACUUUGACCGUCGAGAGGUACUGCGCAAAACCUGGGCUGAAGAGAGGCUGCACAACGGUGUGCAGAUCCGGAGGCUCUUCAUCUCAGGAGUGACGGGUUCUGGUUUUGAAAGAGAGAGACAGAACAGACUUCUUGAACUGGAACAAAAAGAGUACAAUGACAUUCUUCAAUGGGACUUUAAAGACACGUUCUACAACCUCACCUUAAAGCAGGUGCUCUUCCUAGAAUGGAUGGAAAGAAACUGUCCGAAAGCUCGCUUCUUGCUAAAUGGUGAUGAUGACGUUUUUGUCAACACAGACAACAUGGUUGAGUAUCUCCAAGGCCUCAGGGACAAUGAUGGAAGCAAGCACCUCUUUACCGGACAUUUGAUACAGUACGUGGGGCCCAUUAGAUCCCAAGGGAGCAAGUACUAUGUCCCAGUACAAGUGCAGGAGUCAGAGUCUUAUCCCCCUUAUUGUGGUGGUGGAGGCUUCCUCCUGUCGGGCUACUCAGCUAUGGUCAUAUACAACAUGUCCAAGUCCGUCCCUUUUAUUCCCAUUGAUGAUGUUUACAUGGGGAUGUGUAUGGCCAAAGCAGGAUUAGGUCCAGUUCACCAUCUGGGUGUAAGGACAGCAGGAAUGUACAUUCCCUCGCAUAAACUAGAUGAAUUCGAUCCCUGCUAUUAUAAAGAGAUUUUACUGGUGCACAGAUUCCUCCCAGCAGGCAUGUAUCUUAUGUGGCAAAGAGUAAAUGACCCCAAUCUAAAAUGUGAAUUGUCAAAGAGCUCAUUUUAGUAGCAUUAAGCUCACUGGUGGGUUCAAUACCCUGUGAUCAAUUAUGACACAGCCUCUAAUGUCACUGGUAGAGGUUUAACCUAAACCAGACAACAACAGAAAACAAAUCCAUGCCCUGACAGUGACACAGAGUAUUUACAUGAUACAUGAGAGAAUUAUUGUCCAAAAUAUAAAGUAGCGCUGAAACAUCGUAGCCUUUGCGAACUGAAGUUGAUUCUGUUUCUACUUCUUUUGGAUAAACUCUAAACAAAAAAUAAAAUUGUGGUGCCCUCAAUUGGCGAAAUUAAAGAUUAUUUUACAAACUUUACCUCGAUGUGGCCGCCUGCCUAGUUUUGUGCUUUAUUGAACAAACUCAUUAAUAUAUGGGACAUGUUUGAAACAUGUGCUUUCCCCUACUGAGCAAUUUAAAAAUAGUUUUACACACAUGUUUCAAUAUUGUUAUUUAACAUAUCUUACAAGUUUUGUUAUGUCAUAAGGGUUUUUUCUCAAAUGCCGUGAAGUGGCAGAACCCAAAAAACCAUUCAAACAUAAAGCAUAACACACCCCUGGAUAGCAUUUACCCAAACCUUAAUAAGCACAGCCAGUCAGGUGACUUAAAACUUUUGAUAUAGAAGGUAAAGCCCAUCAUGUUUGUAGGUUGUCCCACACUGACUGUAAAGAGCAGGGAAGAUACAGGACAGGUCUCAUCAGCCAAACAAAUACAGACCUACAGUACGGCACUGCAAUGCCUUAAGUUUAUGGCUUUUUUUAAAUGUUAUCGUGCAAUGUUUUUCUGUAGACGCAAUUGAAUCACAUCUAUGAAGAGGGAAAGUGGGUUCUGAUACAGAAUUUGUUGUAGAUCACAGAUUGUACCAUUUUAUCAGUGGGUGGCCCUUUAAUGAUGAUUGCGUCUGGGUGUGUAUGUUUGUGUGUUUUGUUGGUUUGUUAUUAUAAAAACUUUGUUGGGUAAACUAAGAAAUUAGUAUCACUUAAAUGGCACUUAAUUAUAGCACUUUGUAGUUUUGCUCUAUUUUUGAAGAUAUUGUACUUUCUUGAUUCUUGUCGUUCUGGGUUUGUAACCUUGAAUGCACUUAUUGUAAGUCGCUUUGGAUAAGAGCGUCAGCUAAAUGAAAUGUGAUGUGAUGGACUAUGGCCCACUGUAUUGCAGCUGUCCCUCAGAACGCCGCCACGCCCCCCCCCCCCCCCCACUGUCAACAGUCCGCUCCAGGGCAGGGGGGCGUGGCGGCGUGAGUGGCCCAGACCUUCGUAUUUUUUUCUAUAUGUGGCCCUCGGGAUAUAAAGAUUGGACACCCCUGCGUUAACACAACCCUUCCACAGAUGUAAAAUGCACCUUCUACAUCUACAUUUAUACUUAAAUAACUUUUGAAAAGAGUAAAAUAACCCUAAAAUAACCUAGGGUUUAGGAAUGAAGCUGCCAUGCGUGGUUAAUAUUGUACAGGGGUGUUGAUUGUUGUUUUUUUGUGUCAUGGUCAAAAGUUUGCCAAUAUAGAGGUGUUUUUAUGUACUGUGAAUAUUUAUGUUUGUUUGUUUAUUCAAAAGGGAACAGGAAGUUUGUGAAUCCUUGCAAAAAGUGUGUUUAAUUAAUUAAAGAGAAGAAUGCACAUGAA